UAAAUCAAUUGGACAUGAUCAAGGAGGAAAAAAGUUAACAUUGAUGUCAGUUGACUUGAAGUCAGUUGCAAUUGUUUUGUUUGACAGAGUGCAUCGAUUGUAGAAAUUUGACAAGAUGAAAAUUUUGGAGCACAAUUCUGCCCCACAUCCCUCUCCUGGAAGAGUAGCCAUUCUGGAUGUGUCAGAAUUACUGAGGCCUGAGGCAGAGUUUGCCUCAAAACCAGUUGGUCACUACCGCGACUACUCUACCGAUGAGGAUGACCCGAUCAAAAAACGUGUUCAUCAAACCUACACUGAAAUGCACACAUACCAAACAGUGGAUUUUGUUCGAGGCAAGCAUGAGAGGUGGCUUAAAUUCAAUACAUUCAAAGCGACUAUUUUUGAAGCACUGGUGCGACUUAAUGAACUCGUCGAUGAAAGCGACCCGGAUGUUGAUAUACCCAAUAUUGUUCAUGCCUUCCAAACUGCUGAGCGUAUACGUCAAGACUACCCCAAUGAUGACUGGUUCCAACUGACAGGACUUAUCCAUGACCUUGGAAAGGUGAUGGUGUUUUACGGUGAGCCACAAUGGGCUGUUGUGGGCGAUACUUUUCCUGUGGGUUGUAGCUGGGGACCCUCAAUUGUAUACCGUCAUACCAGUUUUGAGCAUAAUAAGGAUGCCAAAAACCCUUUAUACAACUCGAAAUAUGGAAUUUAUUCGCCAAACUGUGGACUAGACAAUAUUAUGAUGUCUUGGGGGCACGAUGAAUAUCUUUACCAGGUUCUCGUUCACAAUAAAACAACACUACCAAAACAGGCUUUACACAUGAUUAGGUACCAUUCUUUCUACCCAUGGCAUACUGGAGGCGAUUACCAGCACUUAUGCGGCUCUGAUGAUGAGCAAAUGAAAAACUGGGUAAAGCGGUUCAAUAAAUAUGACUUGUACACCAAGGGCUCAGAAAUACCAGACAUAGAAGAAUUGACGCCUUACUACCAGUCAUUGGUAGAUAAAUACAUUCCUGGAAUUUUGGAGUGGUAAAAUAGAUGCGGACCGGAUGGACUUCAAAUUACCAGGGAUCAGAUUUUAACUGAUUGAUUGAAUUGAAUAUUUGAUUCUGGGAAGGAUGGUAAAGAAUCAUAAGGCGCAACUGGAAACACUCAUUAGUUAAGGCUUAGGACUGGCUAUUUCGACGAGACUGGUUAAAAUCUCCUACCAGCCAAAGAGUAGUUAUGACAGGUGCAGUUAUUUGGCAAGCAGCAAGAAAACUUUCACAUUAUCUAGAGCGUAAAUUAUCCAAAAUGUACAGAUAAGCCUGGCAAGGCUAAGAUACAAUGAACAAAGGCAGAUAGACAUACAAGCAAACAGGCACAGAUCGGUGGUUGGUUAGCUUCUAAAAUGAUUUUUGAUUUCCUCUGUGGUAAGCGGAUAAAUGUUCCUUUCUCUUAAACAUUAUAUUUCAAUGAUUUAUGAUACCUCAUCUACAGUUGUGUUGCGAUAAAAUUUGGACAUGCUUCAAAGGGAAGAAACUCACCGAGUGCUCACUGUUCAGGAAAACAAUGUAGUCUGCAUCCGUUUUUUCCGCGCCUGUUUGCUUCUUUUCAAUCUUCAGGUUCAUCAAUGACAGGAGUGCACUGGGAAGGAAAAUUGAGAGGAAAUGCUUUAAAAAUGUCCAUUCAGUAUGGAAAACAACAAAAGUUGUGAAUUCUUUUAUCAAAACAUCAAUUUUUCCUAUCAGAGCAAUGUGGAAUAGUCGUUAUAUUUUAAGCGAAUCUCUUUCUAAGACUUUUUUUCAUAGCGCAGAAGGACGAUCAGUAUGUCGUCUGCAUAUGUCUGUUUUGUUGUUAUGCGAUCUGUGUUUAAUCUGACAAUACUGUACAAAGUUAGAAUCCAGAUGAAGGGCAAAAGUGCUGCCCUGUGUCUCACAGCUUGCUAUUGCAAAGAUUUUGUCUCCAUAGAACAUACUGCGACCAGAGACAUGAUUUUUAAUAGUCUCAACUGGAUAGUUUGCAACCUUAAUCUCUUCAUCAAAACCUCAAUGGUUUAGAAAAUAAAGUGGUUUGGCACAAAGCACAAA